GCCAUGGCUCGUACCAAGCAAACUGCUCGUAAGUCAACUGGUGGAAAGGCUCCACGCAAACAACUGGCUACGAAAGCCGCUCGUAAGAGCGCGCCAGCAACCGGAGGAGUUAAAAAGCCUCACCGUUACCGUCCUGGGACUGUUGCUCUCCGUGAGAUCCGUCGGUACCAGAAGAGCACAGAGUUGCUUAUUCGUAAAUUACCGUUCCAACGACUGGUUCGUGAAAUCGCUCAAGACUUCAAGACCGAUCUGAGAUUCCAGAGCUCAGCUGUUAUGGCUCUGCAAGAAGCUAGCGAAGCUUAUCUCGUUGGUCUUUUUGAAGAUACUAAUCUUUGUGCCAUUCAUGCCAAACGUGUUACCAUCAUGCCCAAGGACAUCCAGUUGGCUCGUCGUAUCCGAGGAGAACGUGCUUAAGUUUUCUCAACAUCAGAUUUUUACAAACCAAACGGCCCUUUUCAGGGCCAUCAAUUUUUUUAUACUAAGAAAAUUCGAUCAGUGAUAUAUUUUACUUUUAAAAUAAGAAACCUAAUGGAACACAAUCCAAACCUUUUUACCGCAAUUACAAUACAGUCGACUACCCGUCAUAAGCCUGCCCUUUGUAAGCC